CGGGAGGAGAGAGGGGAGGGGGGGCUUUCGGCGACUGAGUACCAACGCCAGAGGCGUGUCUUUGCUUCGCUCUUCCUUUUAACGCUUCGUUUUUUUUUCUUAAACGAUUAAACCUCCGUUUAGGAAGCGCUCCCAAGCAAGCACUUCGGCGUAUAGAAUGCCCUUCGUGGGAGUUUUAAGUAAGGAGGCGUAGUAAGUGCUUUUAUUUUUCAUUUUGUGUUUUGUGCCUUUCCAUGGGGAGCAAUUGGGAUUUAACAAGCAAGGAGGCGUAAUACUCUCAUGAUGUUGCCAAUUUGGAGCCUUUGGCUGAUCUCAAUUGCUGGAGCUAAAAGUCUUUCUGAUGAAAAGAACACCCCAUUUUGUGACGUUGCUGAUUGCAAUUUUCACGGGAAGAGUCUGCACGCUGUUCCGCUGGGCCUAUCAGAUGCUGUCUUGGGACUGGACCUGGCCUUCAAUAGUAUUGUGCAUAUCCGAGAUGUUGACCUAAAGUUUGCCGUCAAUCUUAGAACACUUUCGCUUCAAUCCAAUUUAAUUCAGACAAUUGAUGAGCAUGCCUUUGACUUCCUUGGAAAGCUGGAGCAUUUGGAUUUAUCAUGGAAUAACCUGACCUAUUUGUCACCCUCUUGGUUCAGAAAGCUUUCUUCUUUACAAAAAUUAAACCUAAAGGGGAAUUCCUACCCAAAUCUUGGGAAAUUUCCAUUAUUUUCUGGCUUACAAAAGCUGAGAUAUCUAUACUUGGGAAAUGAUCAAUUCUCUUCUUUACAGACAAAAGAUUUUGAAGGAAUUUCAGUUCUUGAAGAACUGGAGAUUGAAGGAAAGAAUCUUAAACAAUAUUCACCAGGAGCUCUACAGUCUCUUGAACGCAUAAAUCACAUUAUUUUGAAUGUUACUGUCAACUCCAUAUUGUAUCGGAUUUUAAUUGAUGUUCAAAAUUCAGCGGUGUUUCUUGAACUGAGACAUAUACACCUUUCACCCCUUAUCCCUUAUUUCAAAGAGAUUCCGAUGACUGUUCAAAAGCUUGGAUUUAGAGAUAGUGAUAUUUUAGAAAGUGAUGUUGUUUCUUUAAUUCCUGUGUUGUCUGGUAUGACCCAGUUACAAGAGUUAGAAAUUAUAGAUAGCAGAUUACAAGGUACUGGGCACUUUUUUAGUAGACAGAAAAUUUCUAGUAAUUUACGUAUAAUAACAAUUAGUAAUUUAACAAUAGAAUCAUUUUAUUUAUUUUCAGAUCUUUCAUCCGUAUGGUAUCUUGUAGAGAAUAUUACCAGUCUGACCAUUGAAAACACAAAAGUUUUUCUUGUGCCUUGCGAACUUGCAAAAAGGUUCCAUUCAGUACAGUAUCUUGAUUUCAAUAUGAAUUUGCUUCAGGAUUUGUUUUUUGAGCAUUCAUUUUGCCCAGGCAGUUGGCCUAAGCUACAGACUCUCAAUGUUAGUCAAAAUUCUUUGACAUAUCUUGAUAGGACGGCUCGAAGCGUGGCUCAUUUAGUCCAUCUUACUAACCUAGAUGUAAGUCAGAACAACUUGGAACGCAUGCCAGAAUCGUGCCAUUGGCCAAAAAGCUUGAAAUAUUUAAACAUAUCUGGCUGUAAAGUAGAGAAACUUACAGGUUGCAUCCCUAACUCUUUAGAAAUUCUGGAUGCAAGCAACAAUUUACUCAGUGAUUUUAAGGUGGACCUGCCUCAUCUUCAGGAACUUUACCUUAAAAACAAUAGGUUAAAAACUCUACCAGAUGCUGCCUUCAUCCCUCACAUAAGGUUUUUGACUAUUAGAGAAAACAAUGUGUUUGGUUUCUAUGAGCACGAACUGGAAAAGUUUCCGGAACUGAAAUUGCUGGAUGCCGGUUAUAACAGUUUUCAAUGCAAGUGUGAAUUCGUUUCCUUUGUACAGUCUUAUCCAAGAAUAUAUAAUAUCUGUAUUGGUUGGCCUGAGAAUUACAUCUGUGAUUUUCCAGAUUAUGUAAAAGGGGAGCGGAUUGGAGUUGCCCAGCUGCAAAUGACUGACUGUCAUUUCAGUACUUUUGUCUCCAUCCUUUGUAUUCUGAUAAUUCUGAUCAUCUUGGUGUCAGCAUUUCUUUGCUACAAGUUUCACGUCAUUUGGUAUAUGCGCAUGACUUUGGCCUGGCUCAAAGCAAAGCGCAAACCUCAAAGGACCCGUAACCAGGCAGUCUGCUAUGAUGCAUUCGUUUCCUACAGUGAACAAGACUCUGAAUGGGUGGAAAAUAUUAUGGUGCACAUGUUGGAGCAAUCAAACCCUCCAUUUAAACUUUGUCUUCAUAAGAGAGAUUUUAUGCCUGGCAAAUGGAUUGUAGACAAUAUUAUUGACUCCAUUGAGAAGAGCUCUAAAACCCUCUUUGUGCUUUCGAAGAAUUUUGUACGGAGUGAGUGGUGCAAGUACGAAUUGGAUUUUUCCCACUUCCGUUUUUUUGAUGAGAACAAUGACACAGCCAUUUUGAUCCUCCUGGAAUCUAUUUCGACAAAAACAAUCCCGGAAAGGUUUUGCAAACUCCGAAAAUUAAUGAGUACCAAAACUUACCUUGAAUGGCCAAAUGAUGAUGAUCAACAACAGUUAUUUUGGUUUAAUUUGAAAAUGGCAAUAAAAGGCUAGGUGAGAAGUUGGUAUGAUACACCCUUUCCAUUAGUUUUAGCAGCACCUCUGCUGUGAAGAAUUUGUUAUGGUUUAGGAUAUACAGUCCAGAGUAGUCCGUUAGCAGGAGGCAAGUGUGAUUCCUUGAACUCCAGACUUUUUUGUCAUCAUGUAUCUUGACUGCUUUUCUCUCGGCAGAAAUAUUGGGGACCUGCAACACUAGCUUUUGUCCAAUUGUUGAUAUUUAUGACAAAGAAGAAAUUAGCAGGGGUGUGUGUAGCAGCUAAAGUACGGUUCUAGCAGAGAACCAAUUAAUUGAGAGAGUGAGAGAAGUGAGAGAUGAAAUUUAUGGAUUGCAUUAAGCCACUUAUUGCUUAACUGUGAUACAUUCAGUAAGAUCUUACCUGAAUUCAUGUACCAUGCUAAACUGUAAAUCUUGAUUUAUAAAUCACAGGGACUACAUAGCACAAUAAGCCAACUCAAAGAAGCCACACUGUGUUUAGUAUGAUAUAUCCAUUGAGCUAACUUAGGUAUGCCAAUUAAAUGAGGCCAGCAGGGGAACCAACACAGAUAGAUUUUAAGUCAUGAUUAAUUAUUUAAAAAAAGCAUCUAUUACAUUAUGUCAGAGUUGCAGAAAUCAAAUCCAAAAAGCACACACAGGUAACUAAUUCAGCAGGAUUCAUUAACUUGUCUUUAUAUACAUUAUAAGACAUUAAAUAAUAUAUACAAUACAAAGAGCAGAGAACAGUUUCAUUUCAGUCCAGAUCAGCAGACAAGUCCAGACUAGUUUGGUUUUAGAGCUGAGCACAGAGCAAAGCCACGCCCAGACUCCUAGCUUAAGUUUCUGUUUCCAAACAGCCCUAAUUGGCUGACUUAGUUGCAAUGCUUUUUCAUUGGCUGACUUUGUUACCAUGUCUCUGCCAGUUCAUGAAUAUUCUGACACAUUCAGUAUUGAACAAGAGCAUAUAUUGUAUGAUGGCUUAUUGUUUAAAUAUUAAACAAGUAUAAAUAUAUUGUAAUGUACAUCAUUUUAUAGUGUUUUAGGAUUUGGUGAUUGCUAAGAGCAAACAACCAUGAUAAUCACUCAAUUGCUAGAUGGCAUUUUAUUGGUUUUUGUUAUCUUUUGAAAGCUCCCUAGAGCCAUUAAGAGAUAGGCAGCAUAUAAAUCAGUUAAAAGCAUAAAAUGAAUAAGUUGUUUAGUUGAAUGUAUCCUAAGAUGAACCACAAGCUAGACUUCCUGUUGUCUUCAGUGUCUGAGAAAAUGACCAGCACAUUUGCAUUAAGAUUCAUUUAUUUUUUGAAGGGCAAAAAGCACUUCCUGGAGCUAUUUUAGUUUACUGAUUGUAAUGUAUGAAAAAUGUAUUUUCUGAUAAGAUUUUGCACUUAUUGAUUUAAAUAAAGUACAUAACUCUUU